CAUCUAGAGGUGACAUGCAGUUGAUUAGAAAGUCAAGUUCAGCGGGUGCAGACCUGCAAGACCAAAUUCUUCCUCUUACAGAUGAUGUAUCGGACAGUAGGAUUUGGCACCCAGAGCAGAAGUUUGAAACCAUGGAUGAUUGCUCUUCUCAUUGUGUUAUUACUGACAGUGGUGGCAGUGACCAUUGGUAUUCUGGCCCACUUGUUAGUCUCUGGACAGAAAACGGAGUAUUAUCAUGGAACAUUUAAAAUUUCAGAUCUACAAGUCAAUAGAAAUUCUAGACAAAACAAUACAUACAACCUUAAGGACUUAAAGGAGAUGAGUGAGAAUUUGGUGGAUGAGAUAUUUAUAGAUUCGGCCUUGAACAAGCAUUAUAUCAAGAACCAAGUAGUGAGACUGACGCCAGAGGAAGAUGGUGUGAAAGUAGAUAUCAUUAUGAUAUUCCAGUUCCCCUCUCCUGAGCAAAGAGCUAUGAUAAAGGAGAAAAUCCAUAGCAUCUUAAAUCAGAAGAUAAGGACCACAAGAGCCUUGUCAAUAAAUGCCUCCUCAGUUCAAGUUAAUGCAAUGAGCUCAUCAACAGGAAAGCUAACUGUCCAAGCAUGUUGUGGUAAACGAGUUGUUCCAUUAAUAGUCAACAGAAUAAUGUCUGGAGACAUUGCAGCCAAGGCUGCCUGGCCAUGGCAAGCUUCCCUUCAGCGAAAUAACAUACAUCAGUGUGGGGCCACCUUGAUUAGUAAUACAUGGCUAAUCACUGCAGCACACUGCUUUAAGAAUAAUGCAAAUCCACAUCAAUGGACUGUUAGCUUUGGAACAACAAUCAACCCUCCAUUAAUGAAAAGAAAUAUCAGAAGAAUUAUUGUCCAUGAGAGAUAUCACUCCCCAGCAAGAGAGUACGACAUUGCUGUUGUACAGUUCUCUCCCAAGGUCACCUUUACUAAUGACAUCCGCCGGGUUUGUUUGCCAGAAGCCUCUGCAUCCUUCCAACCCAAUUCAACUGUUUAUAUCACAGGAUUUGGAGCACUUUUCUAUGGUGGGGAAUCCCAAAAUAAUCUUCGAGAAGCCAGACUGAAAAUCAUAAGUGAUGAUGUGUGCAAACAACCACACAUAUAUGGCCAUGAUAUAAAAUUUGGAAUGUUUUGUGCUGGAUAUCUGGAAGGAAUUUAUGAUGCCUGCAGGGGUGAUUCUGGGGGACCCUUAGUUAUAAAGGAUUUUAAAGACACCUGGUAUCUCAUUGGAAUCGUGAGCUGGGGAGAUAACUGUGGUCAAAAGAACAAACCUGGAGUCUACACAGAAGUGGCUUAUUACCGAAACUGGAUCACUUCAAAAACAGGCCUCUAAUUCUCUAUAAAAGUUAAAUGUUGACAGCUUUAAGCAAGCUAUACGUGUUGAGAAUUUAAAUGUUUAGUAAAUACAGUACAAUGAAGUGAAAUUAAAUGACGUGAUUUAUUUUAAAAUCACUUUAAUCAACCCAUAGUCAAUUUAUAAGGGAUUUAAAUCCUUACAAAUUUGUAAAGUAGUGGGUCAAUUUAUCCUGGCUGGAAGAAUACAGCAGAGAUACUCAACUCUUUACAUCAUGCAAAUUGGAAUAUAAAAGAGGUGUAAUGCAAAUUUUUGAAAAUAAUCUGUAUUUUUGGAACAUCUUUGUCAAGGGUGUCUCCUUAAGUGAGAAACCUUUUAAUCUCUUAAAGAAUUCAGGGAAAUGUUAUAUAAUUUCUAAUCAUUUCUCCUGAGCUCACAAAUACUUUUUUCUGUUUCUUUAUUAUUCCAAGUUUUCCAAAGAGAUUUUUUUAUUUAAUACAUUUUCUACUUAUAAACCCUUUAGAAGGAUCCUCGAAAAAAAGUUAUAUCUAGGAAAUAAAAUAUGGUGAUAAAUCAGGCCAGAGAUCUUCUAACCAUUUUUAGUAUGAAACCUCCCUAUUUUUGGUGAUUUUUUUAACACACACACACACACACACACACACACACACACACACACAGAAAAAAAGAGAAAUAUCCCCACCCUUAGAUAUAUCCAAAGAAAGCCUGAUUAAUAAAUGAGUGCACAUAAUAAUUA